UAAGCUAUUCCGCACAACUUGGAACAGGGAGAGUGUACUUCGAAUGAUUUAGUACUCAUUAUUAUUUAAUUCAAUUUUUUUUUUUUUUUGCCUUUUUUUUUUGUUUUCUUAAGCAUGAACUUCGAACGACUGGAAAAAAACAAAAACAAAAAAAGCAACAGAAAAAAAGACGGAAGAAAAAAGAAAUCGCAACCCUUUCGCAGUGUGCGGGUCUCCGCUGAUGGUCUUUUAACGUGGGGAAAACACCCGUGCACCAGGGUUUACUCUGGUAGAUCUUUAAAGGUCGUUAGUAUUAGAAUGCUAUUUACCAAUUGGUAUGCUAUUUAAUCGUUAGUGUACUCGGGGGGCACCGGAUCGGAUGAGCACAUGUCGGAGCAAUGGCCAUGUUCUGAGCAGGAGGGACACUUGUA